CCUCUCCCUCUACCUCCUUACUUAAACCCGUCCAUCCGCUGCUUGCAUUCCCAACGAUCCAUUGGCCUGCUGCCUUCCUGGACUGCACCAUAUUUCCCUUUCCCUAACAUGGACACGGUCGAGCAUCCCCGAACGGCAUUGCCAGUUUCUUUACUGGCCAUAUUCGCUGGCCUGUCUCUGCUGUACUUUGCUGGAGUACUGAUACACCGCCUUUACAUCCAUCCCUUGCACAAGAUCCCCGGGCCUUGGAUCAAUGCAGUCUCUCGAAUCCCAUUCGCUCGCCAUCUGUACUACGGAACAACGGCCCAGAAUGUCCUGCGGCUGCACGAAAAGUAUGGCGACGUCGUGCGUCUCUCGCCCAACGAAGUCUCCUUCAUCUCGGGCGAAACUGCGUGGCAGGAGAUCUACGGCCAUCGUACGGGCAAGACGAAAGGGCUGCCAAACAUGCAAAAGGACCUUCGGUGGUACAAUCCCCCACCAGGAGGAAGGCACAUCGUCGUUAGCACCGAUGAGGACCAUUCUCGGUACCGCAGGACACUGGCGCACGCCUUCAGCGACAGGGCACUCGCCCAGCAAGAGGCCAUCCUGCAACAAUACGCCAAUCUCCUGGUAUCGCAGCUCAAAGCAAGCCUAAGUGAAGGGCCUAUUCAAGACAUGACCAAGUGGUACAACUGGGCUACAUUCGAUAUCAUUGCCGAUCUCACUUUCGGCACUCCAUUUGGCUGCCUCCGGGAUCGAAAGCAACAUAUGUGCAUCGAUUGCAUCUACAACACCCUCAGCACUUUCCGGUUUCAAUAUUUCACCUCUUAUUGGCCCGCCUUGAAGCGUUUGCAGAGCAUGUGGACCAGCAACAAGCAUGUCCAGGGCCGCAAAGAGCUCUAUCAGUUCAUUCAAGCUCACACGAUGCAGCGCAUGGCAACCGAGACGCAGCGACCCGACUUCAUGACCGAGACCCUCAAGCACAGUGGCGAGAAGGGAGUCGGCUUGACUCCACAGGAGUUCGCCACCAACAACAACGUUCUCAUCGGCGCUGGAUCCGAAACCACGGCCACUCUUCUCAGUGCGGUGACAUACAUUAUGCUGCGAACCCCGGCAGUGAUGCGAAAACUCCAGGAGGAAGUUCGAGGCAGAUGGACGAGUUCGGAUAGCAUAACUCUCGACGAGGUCCACAAAGCGCCGUACCUCGUCGCUGUGCUGCAAGAGGCGUUGAGAUAUUUCCCGCCCGUCCCGACCGGCUUCGUAAGACGCGUGCCCGAAGGAGGCGCGGUCGUCAGUGGCUACUAUCUUCCCGAAGCCACCGGCGUUGGAGUAUCGUCCUACCCUCUCGGCCGCUCUCAAAAGCGCUUCCGAGAUGCGAAUUCUUUCAUUCCGGAGAGAUGGCUGGACGAUCCUCGCUUCGUCGAUGACAGGAGAGACAUCGUCCAGGCCUUCAAUUUCGGGCCGCGCAAUUGCCUGGGAAAGAAUCUUGCCAUUGCAGAGUCGCGGCUUCUCCUGGCCAAGAUGGUAUGGUCGUUUGAUUUCGAACUCGACCCUCGCUCCGAGAAUUGGAUGGAUGAAUGUCGAGUUCGUACGGUGUGGGUCAAGCCUCCGCUCAUGGUUCGCGUGAAGGAGGUGGUGCGGGAGUGAUUGCUAAAGACCAGAUGCCUCACAACGACGAAUCUGGUUUCUUCGAGGCGCUACGCAGUGUGCAAUUUACAAAACGUCGGUCUGUCUGCCUCUGCCAGCGCUUUCAUGCGCACUCUAUUUCUCUCGUGACCCGUCAUAAACGCCUCUCCCUGCUCAUGCACUCGCCAUGACACAUGCACAUGACCCGACAUGUCUAGUCAGAUCUCCAUCUCUCAUUGCGUGAUGAAAGCUGGCUGAACCUCACAAACCCUCUUCC